UCAACGAUUUUUUGGAACAUAGGGUUUUCCGUAGAGUUCUUGCAUUAAAAAGAAAAUAUUUUUCAAGGCAAGAAUUCUGAGAAAAGGGGUUAAAUCUUAAGAAGACAAGAGAUGAGCUGGUUGUCUUGUUGCAGGUCUGAGGAGCAUCAUCAUCGCGGUGUUUCUCGUAAUAAGAAACACACCAACACCACCUCCUACAGUGGGAUAUCAUUUAGGUCUUUCAUGCAUACUUUGUCUCUCAAAACAGAUGGCAGCCAGCAGAAGAUAGCUGAAGAAAUUCAGAAGAUCGGAAAAGCGAAAGUUUCGGCUCGUAUCUUCACAUUCCGGGAAAUUCUUCUUGCAACAGACAACUUCAAUUCUGAUUAUCUGAUCGGCGAAGGCGGAUUCGGCAGGGUUUACCAAGGAUACAUGAAUCCUUGA